GAAAUUUUUUGUAGAUAUGACUAGUAUUAUAAUAGAUAAAAUUUAUCUAUUUAUAAAUAGAUAAAUGCAAGACUAUAUAAUACUUAUACUAUAUUCAAUAUACCAGUACACGGUAUAGUUAUCUGCAUCAUCAUUUUCUGAUAGAUAUUGUUUCUGUAUAGUUCAAAAUGUCAUAUAUUCUAACAGAGGAAGUGAAAUCCUGGAUUCAACAAUCCGUAGGUACCAAAAAUUGUAUUAUCACCAUAGAAAACACGACCCAGAAAGGAGAAGGUUACGUUGGAGAAUUUAUUUUUGCCAAAGUUGAACUUCAGUGUAGUGAAGGUACAGUUGCAGACAGUAAGACUUUAUUUAUAGCUUUAAAACGUAAUAACAAGAAUCCAGCAGUACAAAAACAAAUUCCAGAAAUGCCCGAACUUUGCCGAAGGGAAGUUUACUUUUAUGGUGUCAUUAUUCCCGCAUAUCAAAGGUUCCAUAAAAUUAAAACGCUGCAAGAUGAUUUCUAUAUAGUUCCAAAGUGUUACAAGGCAUUUUUGGAGGAAGAAAAUAAUGUUGUUGUGUUAGAAAAUCUUAAAAGGAAAGGUUAUGUGCUGCACCAAAGAGAAAAACCAAUGAAUAUAGCUGAAGUCAAAUUGUGUCUAAAAGCUUAUGCCAAAUUACACGCUUUGAGCUUUGCAAUGAGAGAUCAAAAUCCAGAAGAAUUUAAAAUGAUUUCUAAAGACUUGUGUCCUUUGAUAAGCGCGGCAUUUAGUAAUACUCAACCAGUCUUUGAUCGUAAAUCAAUUAAUAUAGUCAACACAUUAAAAGAAGCUGGAAGGGAAGACUUAUCAGUUAAAUUUGAAAGGUUUAACGCCGAAAAGGGUAUUUUUAAGCGUUUUGUUGAAGCUGCCGAUACUACUUCUGAUGAAACAGUAAUUAUUCAUGGUGACUGUCAUAAUGCUAAUAUGCUGUUUCUAUUUAAGGACAAUGACAGAAGUAAUCCUCAGCAUGUAGCUCUGAUUGAUUUCCAGGUAACCUGCCUUCAUUCACCCAUAUUGGAUAUUUCAUACUUUCUUUAUAUAAACCUAUCAAGCGAAGAUUUGCCACAAUUCAAAGAUUUUUUGGAAUUUUAUUACAACGAAUUAUCGUCUGUUUUAACAGAACUAGGCAGUGACGUAAAGAAAUUGUUCCCAAAGAAUAUUAUGCACGAACAUUUAAAAAAAUUUCUUCUUUAUGGAUUUUGUAUAUCGGUAGCGUUCUUGGAAAUUAUGUAUGUCGAUAAUGAAGAUGCACCCCCUCUGAUUGACGAAGAGACGAAUGAGUUAAUGGGAGGUCUUAAAGACCUUAAAAUAAAGUCAAGAGAUGAAUAUUUAAGACGUCUUGUUUCUAUAGUGGAUAGUUUUUUUAAUAGUGGAUAUAUGUAAUGUACGUUAAUAACAGAAUCACACGUAGUAUAUAUCUAUAGGACUAAAGUGACUUGUUUUAAACAUGUUUUAAUAAAACCAAUUGUGACCAUAUCUUUUCUUUUCUAAUUUUCCCUAUUAAAAAUGGACUUAAAUUUCCAAACAACUUAUUAUAAUAAAAAUAUUUUUCUUGUAGU